AUGUCUACAAGAACUGCACCCUCUCCACUCAAACCAUGGGAAAGAGCGAAUGGCUCUCCUAUUUCAACAAUAAAUAGUCCUGCGACUACUAAUGCAACUUCAACACUCACAUCUACACAAACUCCUUCGACACAAAAUUCGAGAACCGGAACUGGUAACGACGGAGGGGCGCCUGCUAUACCACCCAGACCUAGUUCAUUGGGUUCUACAGCAUACGCUAAUCGAGGCUACGGUACAGCAUACUCUUCUGCAUAUUCCUCACCAUAUUCAAGCAGCUACAACUCAUACUCACCUUAUAAUCGCUACGGAAGUUACUCAAGUUACUCCUCUCCCUACAGCCGUUAUGGCUAUGGCUCUUAUGGCUCAUACAAUUCAUAUGGAGCAUACGGUUCGCCCUACAGUCGAUAUGGCUUCAACGGCCCCAUGGGUCCCGGUGGCCCCGAAGAACUAUCUCUAACACAAAGAAUGGAAGCCAGCACUGCUGCCGGAUUUCACAUGAUUGAAUCGAUAGUAAAUGCCUUUGGUGGAUUUGCACAGAUGUUAGAAUCGACUUUUUUCGCGACACAUUCGUCGUUCAUGGCCAUGGUUGGCGUUGUAGAACAAUUUGGAAAUUUGAGAAAUUAUCUGGGCCAAGUGCUUAGCAUAUUUGCAUUGAUUCGAUGGAUAAGAAGACUGUAUUAUAAAUUAACUGGCAGACAACAGCCGGUCAAUGCAAACGAGUUGACUUCAGCCAAUUUUCAACAAUUCCAGCAACAGCGUCAAUACUCCAGACGGCCUUUAGUCUUGUUCGUGCUGGCUGUAUUUGGCAUACCUUACUUGAUGCACAGGCUCAUUCAGAUAGUUUCUGACCGUCAGAGAGAAGCCGGCAGUUCUCAACUUCCGGAUGUGGCCGCACCAUUAAUGCCUGCCGAUCAAACUAGAGUCUCGACGCAAAAUUUAGAGUUUUGUAGAUCCAUAUAUGAUUUCAAAGGCGAGGCGUCUGGUGAACUAUCAUUUAAAAGAGGUGACCUUAUCGCAAUAUUAAAUAAAUUCGACAUGGGUGGUCUUCCAUCACCAUGGUGGUUGGGCCGAUUACGGAGUGGUGAACAGGGAGUAUUUCCUUCUAAUUACGUAGAGAUUAUUAACAAAGGUGGCAAUCCCGAAGCAAGAGAGAAACAGGAUGGUGAACAAAAAGCGGAUAUCAGUGUCGAUGAGUUUGAGAGGAAAUUGCGGGAAGUGUAA